AUGGGUCAGGAUCUCUUAUCUAUAUGUCAAGCAGAAACCAAGAGAUUGCUGUGGAUUGCGGGAAUGCUGUUUGCUGUGAUCUUAGUUGUCCGGCAUCUUGAACUUCCAUAUGGUAAUCUUUUAUCUUCUAUACUCUCUUCUACAAAGGUUCCUUUAGUGGGGAAAAGUGGCUUCCAUGCUGGAUAUUCACCAUCUAAUUCUGAGAUUGUCGGUAACUUGUCGCUUUCUAAUGAUUUGAACAACACUGGUACAUAUGCAAUUCAUGAGAAAGCUAGCAAUACUAGGAGCUCUGAUUCUGUAUUAGAAGGAAAUGAAGGCUCAAACAGAGCUUUAGAAAUCGAUGAAGAUGAAGACGACGGUAAGGAUGGAAAUUUGGUAAAGCAAAAUAGAACUAUCAUUGUGGAAAAUGUAAAACCCUUGGAGACUGAUUUUGCUCAAGAGGGGGGUAGAGAACCUGAAGUGAGCUCUGUUGAAAAGAAAAAUACUACAGAUAAUACUUAUUUAGAAAGCAGGAUUGGGAAUGAAAAUAAUACUGUAGAUUAUGUAAAUUCUACUGCUGGUUUACCAGUCAGUUCACCUGCACCCCCAAUGAUGAAUUCGUCACCGAGCACAGCUCCAGCAAUUUUUGAAACAAACGUUGGAGCUCCCAUUAAAUCUGUUGACUCAAAUGUGACUUCAUUGGAGAAAGAUCAAACAACCCCUUCUGAGAAAACUGAGAAUUCUGAGCAAUUUCAUAGUGACCUCAACCAAACAGAACAUAAUUCUUCAAUGACCAGAGUCCCUGAAGUGAAAAUAGAGCCAGAGGUUCCAAUCUUGGAUGUAUAUUCAAUAUCUGAUAUGAACAAUCUUUUGCUCCAGAGUCGUGCCUCAUACCAUUCAGUGAUACCACAAUGGUCUUCACCUGUUGACCAAGAGCUGCAAUAUGUAGCAUCGCAGAUUGAAAAUGCACCCAUAAUAAAGAGUGAUCCAACUCUUUAUGCUCCACUUUAUCGGAAUCUAUCGAUGUUUAAAAGGAGCUAUGAAUUAAUGGAGGACACUCUUAAAGUAUACGUUUACAGGGAAGGAGAAAGACCUAUAUUGCACUCGCCAUUUCUCAAAGGGAUAUAUGCUUCUGAGGGAUGGUUCAUGAAGCAGCUGGAAGCUAAUAAGAAAUUUGUUACUAAAAACCCUCAGAAAGCCCACCUGUAUUACUUACCCUUUAGUUCUCGAACGUUAGAGGAAAGAUUAUAUGUGCCCAAUUCACACAGUCAUAAGAAUCUUAUACAGUAUUUGAAGGACUACGUCAACAUGAUUGCAGUGAAACAUCCUUUCUGGAAUAGAACUGGAGGAGCAGAUCAUUUUCUUGUUGCUUGCCAUGAUUGGGCCCCAUCUGAAACAAAGAAAUAUAUGGCUACGUGCAUUAGGGCCCUCUGCAAUUCUGAUAUCAAAGAAGGUUUUGUAUUUGGCAAGGAUGUGUCUCUUCCUGAAACAUACAUCAAGAAUGAUAAGAAUCCUCUCAGAGAUCUUGGAGGCAAUCGUCCUUCCAAGAGAUCAAUACUUGCUUUCUUUGCUGGGAGCAUGCAUGGUUAUGUUCGGCCAAUUUUGUGGCAGCAUUGGGAAGAUAAAGAUCCCGACAUGAAGAUCUUCAGCAAGUUGCCGAAAGCGAAGGGCAACAAGAACUAUGUUCGUUAUAUGCAAAGCAGCAAGUACUGCAUUUGCGCAAAAGGUUACGAAGUGAACAGUCCGCGAGUUGUGGAGGCCAUUUUCUAUGAGUGUGUUCCGGUGAUCAUAUCAGACAAUUUUGUGCCUCCAUUUUUUGAAGUUCUGAAUUGGGAGUCCUUUGCUGUUUUUGUGUUGGAGAAAGAUAUUCCGAACUUGAAGAAUAUACUGCUUUCAAUCCCAAAGAAGAAAUAUCUACAGAUGCAAAUGAGGGUGAAAAAGGUGCAAAAGCAUUUUCUGUGGCAUGCCAAGCCUGAGAAUGCGGUGAAGGUCAAGAGCGGCAACCUAGAUGGCUCUUCAAAGGGAAAGAUUGGCUAUUCUGUUACUAAGAAGAAGAUUGAGAGCUCAUCAAGCAAGCAGGUAGCUGAUGUAAAGCAGAAAUCUGUGCAAUCUGUUACAAAAACUGAGGUAAAACCAAAGCCAACUUCAGUAUCAACAAAAAGUACCACAAAGACAACUACCACAAAGACCACUACCACAACAAGGGUGAAAGAGAAGAAAGUAUAUACUUUGGCAGGCCAGAAAUUUGAUCCUCCUGAAGAGAGAGAACCUCUGAGGAUCUUCUACGAGUCAUUGUCCAAACAGAUACCAACAAGUGAAAUGGCAGAAUUCUGGAUGAUGGAGCAUGGUCUAUUGUCCCCUGAAAGAUCCAGAAAGGCAUUCGAGAAGAAGCAGAGAAAGCAAAAGCAACUCCGGUUAGGAACUCCUAUUAAGUCUACAAAACCACCAAGUAAACCUGAGUCGACAAAACCACCUAGUAAACCUGAGAGUUCACAGAGGCAACAACAGCAGGCAUCUAAGAAUGGUGAUGUAAAAGGCAAGAAGAGAGUUAUCAAGGAGAGCGACGACGAUGAUGACUUCAUUUUAAGUCCCAAGAGAAGGAGAGCGUAA